UUUAGUGUAUACGUCAAGAAUAUUUUCUUGUUAACUAGAAAAAAAAAAUAGCUGGUGAUUUAACGGUGAAUUCGUUCAAUUCUUUCUCGUUAAAUGAAAAGCACAGCCAACAGGGAUAUGGCUAUUGUCAGCUCGCAAACAUCGAUCGAAAAUCCAACUAACACUAGCAAACUUUUGGCCAAUUCAGCGAGGCGAAUUGCUGAAAACGCAUCCACUAAUUCCCUUCGUCCCCUUUUCACAAAUCUCUUGUUUGCUUAAAUGUAGCCCUGUACAAUGGCCCAGGAGAGUGCACGAACAUUUCGAUCGUGCACUAUUUUUGCCACGUUUUACAGAUUGUUUCUAGCUCCAUUUUCAAAAUUGCUUUAGCUCCAAUAAUGGAAUAUUUAGAAAAAUAUAAUGUGGGUAAUAAUAGAUUAUACCAAACAAUGGGAUUUUUUUUCGAAUUCAAUAUUUGACAAAUACAUAUACUCUAUUUAUUUUUUAUUCAUAUUAUAUAUCUGGAUAAUCGUCUUGUAAAUUUCCCUAAUCUCUUUUCUGUGCAUUUUGAAAUAAGGAAAAUCAGAAAGGAAAUUUAUUUAAUUUUUGUUUAUUUAUAUUUUUUACUCUUUCGACUUUCUUGAAACGGUAAUUAAAAAUUGUAAAUUAUUUUGCAAGUAAAUCAGAAACAGAAUUAUAACAGAAAUAGAGGAAAACAUUAUUAUUAUCUUUGCUAAAAUUUUUUGAUAUUGAAAUAUAUUUAAAAAAAAAAUAAAAAUUUCUGUAUAUAUAUAUCGCAAAAUUGAAUUUCACGAGAAUCUCUCGUAAAAGAAAAUUCCUGUUAUGAAUUGACGACAGAAAAAUCGAGAAGGAAUAAAGAUUGAUAAGAUGCCAGAAAGCUUCUAGCUCUAUAUCGAUAGACACGGUGAAGAAAUUAUUCAAGAUAGUAUUUCUAUCGAUCUUUCAGUCACUCUCGGUUUGAAAGCUUAACAACACUCUAUAUUCAGUCAUACUACGUGCAGUAUAACGGGAUAUUAAUAAUGCGUAACGUAUCAUGUGAAUCGAUAGUGUAUCUAACAAUUGCAACGUACAUUCCUGGUUUUCAAAUGGUAAUCGUUUCCAACUUGCCUUCAAAUUAUGAUCUUGGGAAAAACGCAGCCUUAAUCGUUGCCUUGUACAUGUUUCUUGAAACAGUAGCGCAUACAUAUACAAUAAAUAUUUUAGAAAAAGCGUUAAUGUGUCAUUUGGCGGAAAAAUUAGCGGUAAACUCUCCUUACAAAGCCCGAAUCUCCGAAGUCUUGAUUUCUGUUCUUGCAAAAGAGGAUAAAAUUUUCAUCACCGAUGCACAAUCUCUUUAUUUUGAUCAAUACAAUUGGAACAAUAUCGAUGCCGAAUUGAUUCUCAUAGAAUUAAAUAUUCAAAGAAAUAAAUCAUCGGAGUGGCAUAUAACUAAGACACAAUACGAAGAAAUCAUGACAGUGAUGAACACGCAAUCCCGAUGGCGUACCCAUCCAAUUGGCAUGUCAAUGAUAAAAUAUUUAUUUCCGGAAAAAACGAUAAAAAUGAUUCAUGAUGCGAUUGAUAAGGAUAAAAGAAUAACAAAAAUGGGUUGCGCAAUUCGAGAGGAACAGUGGGAAAAACUGGGUAGGAUAUCAUCAAAUGGUUUGAUAUAUUAUAUAACUUGUUUUCCAUUAUAUAGUAUUAAUAAUUGUAUAAGCAAAUAGUAUAUAAUUGAUAUAAGCAAGUAUAUUUUACAUAGAUUGUUAAAACAUUACAUGAGACAUAGAUACAAUAUAUUAUUUAGGCUGUAGCUUUUUUUUUAAAUAUAUAUAUAUUUAUAUAUUUUGUUUUAUAUAUAUAAUAGUAGGUCAUAUCUUUUUAACUUUGAUUAGUAUGUUUCAAAAAUUAGUUUAUUUAGGUACCGCAUAUUUCUUUGAAAGCAACUUAGCUUUUUUUUUUUUACACAUUUAUAUGCAAAUUUCGAUUCAAUAUUUAUAUUGUGUAUAUUAUAGGAGAGCUUUUGUGGGAAAAUCACCGAUCUGUGUGUAAAUACUUGAAUUUCUUAUCUGACGAUAUUAAAAAUAUCGAGAGUACAUUCGGAAUUAUCGAGGGAGUUUUAGGAGCCAGCGUUAUCAAUUAUGGUACAGCUAUCGUAACAUUGGUAAUUUAAUUACUCUCUUUAAAACAAAACAUUUACUUUG